AUGGUUGCGCCAGCUGUCCCUGAGCUGACUGAGGAGGCCUUGCACGAAGCAAUUGAUGCCCGUACGGAGUCUCUAGCUUCGUUGCGCGAGCUUGGCCCUCCCGACCUCGUCCAUCUCGUGAAGCAGCCCAUUAGGAAUGCUGGCAAGCAAAUAGGUGUCUAUCACCAUGUCACAGGUGUGGAUGCAUCGUCGUCGGCCAGUUUAGCGGCCUACAUCAACACCUUAGCCUACAGGGAGGUUGGGCCGUCCGCAACGACCAAGACCUUGGAAGGCACAUACUGUUGCUACAAUGCCUUCUCCCGAGUCGAUAUGCGCGUCCAUGCCCCCUUUCCCGGCUCUGUGGAAUGCUACUGUGUCGACGAGCGUGGCGAGAAGCGCAAGGCUACAGAUGAGCUCUGGCUCGAAACAUAUGUGUGCAGCGUGUUGAGGGCGUAUUCUUACGCUGAUGACGGAACGGGCGAGAUGAUUAGGAGAAUUGUUGGCGUCCGGCGAUUCAACCCCAUCACCAACACGGAGACUGAGCACAAGUUCCUCAGCGCGGCUGAACAGCUCUUUUUUAGGGGCUGGCAGCUGGGAUGUGAUUCACUCGUCCAAGUUCCCACUGUUGUUUCGAACCACCUCACGAAUGGACUGUUGAGGUACUUCUACACAACAGGCCGGUACGCCUCCGGCAUUAAUCUUUUUGAGAAGCUGAGGACACAGGAUGUCCAGGUUGCUUCACUUUUGGCCAAGGUUCUAUUUAUGGGCAACGAAGAGGUACAGGGCAUCCGAGUCCUGCACGAAGCCUUGCGCGAGACACCGAUGGACUGGGUGAUGCUGGAUACCCAGGCCGAGUUUUUACUCAAGAAAGCUGAGACCGCACCGGAUCGGGAACAAAGGGAGCAUAGGCUGCGUCUGGCUUUGGGCUGCGCUGAACGCAGCACCAUCGCAGCACCCAGCGAGUUCCGUACCUGGGCAAGAUUAGCCGAGGUGUAUGUUGCAUUGGAGGACUGGGAAAAUGCUCUGACGACACUCAACUCAUGUCCGAUGUUUACCUAUCAGGACAAGGACGCUCCGGUCAUGCCUGAGCCGCGCGAUAUCAACCUUCCAACUCUUCCUGAGACCAGACUAGACGAGAUUGAUAGCGAGCCUGAGGGGAGAUAUUCGGAGCAAGUCGAUCCCAGUUUGUUGAAUUUGCGCGGUGCCGCUUAUCGUGGAACUUUCAAGCAUGCCUACAACAUUCUAACCGAGAUGACGGCCAAAAUUGGAUGGGAUCAGCUGUUGAAGAUUCGGAGCAAUGUCUUUGUUAUGGAAGAUGAAUACCGUGAGAAACAGGAUCAACAAAAUUACCCAAAGAAUCGCAAUGCUAGCACUGACGCCCUGCGCGGGACCCCCGAUCCCACAACAAACGGCGACGGUGAGCAGGAACAAGAGGAUGAUGCCGCGAAUGGUAGCGAUAGCGACACGAUUGCACACAACCUAACCCCUGGUUACAAGCCGGAGGAUCUCGAGAGACCAUCCAGUGCCAUGGAUCCUGAUGAAGUCAGGAAGGACGAAGAGAAGAGCACGACGGACGAUCAUUUCUCCCGCUUGAACAACAAACGUCUUUGCGAGCGCUGGCUUGAUAGCCUCUUCAUGGUUCUGUAUGAGGACCUGCGCGUCUAUACCAUCUGGCGCACGCAAAUGGCACAAUACCGCGCCCAGAGCAUGCAGUACAAGAAGUCUGCCGAGGAAUGGGAAAUCCUCGGCAGCCUUGCCGAGCGACUACAGCACACAGAUGAGGCCGUCGAGGCCUACCGCGCUUGCCUGGCCCAGAGGUUCAGCCCGAAGGCUCUAGCUGGCAUUUUGAAAGUCUUCGAGAAGACAAAGGCUAGCACUCGCGAUACUGUCGCAGCUACCAUCCGUCUUGUCACAUGGCAGUACCGCUGGUACUCGGAGUUUUCGCCAGAGCUGUUGCACACAGUGCGUAAGCUCAUCGAGGAUGAGGGGGCCGUCAAGAUUAGGAGCAUUAUCCAAGCGACAAACCUGCCCCAGAGCGUACUGGAUCUGACGCAUCACUAUGCGGCUCUCUGCGCUAACUUCCGGAGUAGCGGUACUGAUGGCUAA